CAGCCACUAUUUUACUUUAAUGAUGUUGAAAAGAGAAAAGUAAAUCAGUUCCUAUAAUUCAAAGUUGUCGCCACUUUUUUUUUGCUCGUACACAGUUGUGCACUCUCACUCUUCCGUCUCACUCGCGAUUUAUCUAUCAGGAACUUAGUUGCAGUGCUACAUCAAGGAGCUUGUGCGUUCACAUAUGUGUAUAUAUAAAUAUGACAAUCCCAAACUUUUUACUCUCAAACCUUCUUCGCCACUCCAGAUCUGUUCGUAUACUUUCUUCUAAUUCAUCGACUUGUAUAUCAUCCUUAUAUUCUUCAUAUCAUAUAUCAGCAACCCAAUUUCACAACUACACUCCACAUACUCCGUCAGUUUAUUUGUGUACUCCACGUUAUUUCUCUUCUCAUGAUACGAAUAUUAACAUGGAAUCUGACUCGGUGGUGACUCAGUUGGAUGUCCCCGAGUCAGGGUUAGGUACACAAAUUGGGGAACAAAUAAUUAGUGGCGAUGAUGCCAUUCUUCCGGUUCAGGCACUCAUUUCGAUGCUUGAUGGCUAUCAUGAUCUUACUGGCUUCCCUUGGUGGAUUGUAAUAGGCUCGGCUACAUUGGCUCUCAGGAUGGCAUUGUUUCCCUUGCUUAUCUUGCAACUAAACAAGUUAAAGAGAAUAGCUGAGUUGUUUCCCAAAUUGCCUCCUCCUUUGCCGCCACCUCUCUCAGAAAGGAGUUUUAAAGAUCAAUUUACACUCUUUUGGAAUGAAAGGCGAGCAGUAGGAUGUCCUUCAUUUUUAUGGUUUAUGGCAUACAUAUCUGUCCAGUUUCCAUGCUUUCUAUUGUGGAUGACAACUGUUCGCAAAAUGUCAUUGGAUCAUCACUCAGGUUUUGAAUGUGGGGGCGCUCUGUGGUUCCAGAAUUUAAGUGAAUUACCGCAUGGUGUUUAUGGCUCAAUAUUUCCUUUGAUGAUUGCUGGUCUACAUUUUGUUAACGUACAGAUUUCGUUCCAGACUGCUUCAACCGGAAAAGUGAGUGGCUUGCUUGGUUUUUUGGUGAAGAGUUACAAGUUCUAUUUGGAUGUGAUGACAUUGCCGAUUCUUGUUGCUGGCUUUUGUGUUCCACAGGGUAGUUCAGUCUAUUGGCUUACAAAUAGCUUUAUUACUCUCAUCCAGCAACUAUGCCUGAAUGAUCCAAAUGUCCGUCACCAUUUGGGGCUACCGGAGAUGAUGGAUUUAGGAACCACAAAAGAUGCUCGCAAUGUUGUUGCACCAGUAACAUUUUCUAAUUUAUCGCACAAGCAGCAUAAAUUAUCUGUUCGAAAUCGUUCCCCUAGUGAUUUGGUUAUGCUUUCAGUUCAACUCUUAGAGAAAAAGCAUAAAGAAAGAGCAAUUCAAUUGCUAAGAUUAGCUCUUGACAAGGAUCCCGAGCAUGUAAGGGCUUUAAUUAUAAUGGGACAAACCCUAUUGCAAGAUGGAAUGCUAGUAGAAGCUAUAGAACAUCUGGAGCAUGCGAUCUCUAGGCUAUUACUUCAGGGCUAUCCAACAGAGAUUGAGGAGGUUGAUCUGUUAAUUGCUGCUUCACAGUGGGCCGGUUCUUGCUAUGUACAACAGGGUAAAUAUGCAGAAGCUUUGAUACACUUUGAAAGAUUUGGGCGCAUAAAAGAACCAGAAGAUUCAACUAGUAAAUCCCAUUAUUAUGAUGGACUGGUGAUGCUUGCAAGUGCUUUAUCUCAUGAGGACCGCAAGGCUGAGGCUGCCAAAUAUUUGCGUAGAGCAGUUGCAUUUAAUCCUUCGUAUAAAGUGUAUUUGGAAGAAUUAGAAAAUGAAGACAGUUUUGCCAGUGAUCUUGUCAACAGUAGGAGAGGAGAUUACUAGGUUCCUUUACUCAUUUAAUAUCUGAGUACAGUUCAUACUUAUUAUCUCACACCAUUUUUUUAGUUCUUUCCUAUACAAGGGUGAUUGCCUUCA